AUGCAUCGUGUUGCUCAUUUCGCGGUUCUUCAGCUUCUUCUUAUCGCCGCCGUUGCGAUCUCGAUCCCGGUGGUAUUCGCCGAGAAUGAUUCGAUAUACGAUGUCCUUAAAGCACACGCGUUACCGAUGGGGCUGUUACCAAAGGGCGUAAAAGAAUUCAGCGUUGACAUCGAGACGGGACAAUUCUCGGUUUUUCUAAACCAAUCCUGCAAGGCCAAGUACGAGAGCGAGCUGCAUUACGAGGCCAACAUUACCGGAACGAUAGGUUACGGAAGCAUCGGAGGUUUAUCGGGCAUAUCGGCGCAGGAACUCUUCCUGUGGUUUCCGGUUAAAGGGAUCCGAGUGGACAUACCAAGCUCCGGCGUUAUAUACUUUGAUGUCGGAGUUGUUCGCAAGCAGUACUCCAUGUCUUUGUUCGAGACACCGAGGGAUUGCGUUGCUGUUGAGAACGAGGCUGAGUUUCGUGUGGAUAAUAAGGUCCAGUCAUCUAUGUUGCAAUUCUAUGAAGUAGAUCAAAGUGUUGGGAGAAACAUUGUGUAA